GUAGAGAUGGCGGAACGCUGCUGUCCAUCGCGACUCCCAUGUGGUCACGUCGUCGUACUUAUGCUCAUUUCACGGGAUCCUCUUUCGUACCUUAGGCAGAGGCUUACUUUAGUCAUAUUUUAAAGGUCUCAUGAAGUUUUGAUGUGAAUGCGAUGGAGUGCUUUGCAAGCAGGUGCCAGUUUCAAUACUCCUUGCCCAUCGCCUUGUGGGGAUAAGCCAACGUCUCAAUUUGCAGUUCUGUAUUUCCCGCUCGCGAAAGUGCCUGACCCCUUUUGUCUAUUACGCCGAACCAAGGAGGAUGAAGCCGCAAGCUAGGCCCACUCUAAAGCCUGUGAUUCCUGGAAUCAAGUUGUCGUCUGGGGCAGAAAUGCCCAUUAUUGGCCUUGGAACUUUUAUGGCCAAACCAGAGGAAGUGGAGAACACUCUUGAUGUGGCACUGGAAGCUGGAUACCGCCACAUCGACACUGCAUAUUUGUAUGAGAAUGAAGCAGCCAUUGGGAAGACCUUGCAGAAAUGGAUGAACUCUGGAAAGAUCAAGAGGGAGGAACUCUUCAUUGUCACCAAGCUGCCAAUGAUUGGGAACCGGGCCAAGGACGUCAUGCAUUUUAUGGAGAAAUCUCUGGAAGCACUUGAGCUUGAAUAUGUUGACCUUUAUUUGGUUCACUGUGCAUUUGGGAUGGAAAAGCGAAGUGACAAGGAACUCUUCCCUCAAAACCAAGAUGGGACAUUUGCUCUGGAUAUGAAAACUGAUAUCAUAUCAGUCUGGAAGGCUAUGGAAGCAGAAGUCGAUGCUGGACGAACCAAGGCAAUCGGAGUCAGCAAUUAUAAUACCGACCAGUUGAAGAGGAUCUUGAGUGUGGCCCGCAUCCCACCUGCAAACAUCCAGGUGGAACUGCAUGCAUACUUCAUGCAGAAGCCCCUGCGAGAAUUCUGCAAAGAGCACAAUAUCUCUGUCACAGCCUAUGCCCCCUUCUGCUCACCUGGCCGCAAGGAAAUCAUUAAGGAAAGGGGACAAGAGUGAGUUGGUUAGACAUAUCUUAUCUCUUGAUUUCAUGAAAGUGUGGCUUCAUGGUUAUUCCUGUAGUCCCAGUAGCCUUCCUAACCUGCUGAAUGAUCCGUUGGUGAUAAUGAUAUCUCAAAAAUAUGGAAAGUCUCCUGCACAAUUGCUCCUGAGAUAUUUGACCCAGUUGGACAUAAUUGUCAUUCCAAAGUCUACAAACCCAAAUCGGAUCCAGGAGAACAUGAAAAUCUUUGACAUCACCAUCAGUGAUGAUGACAUGGCAAGGCUGGAUGAGCUGGACCAAGGCCGGACUGGACGGAGCUUUGACUUUGGAGCAUUCUUCAAGCCAGCAUAUGAUCACCCUGAAUAUCCUUUCCACCCUCCACAUUGAGGGAGAAUCUUGCUCAAGAUCCCAAUUACCUCCAAGUGCCUGUGCUUCCUUGCUUUGCAUGAAAUUAGCUCAAAAUUCUCAUAUUUGCUGAAGAUG